GAAGGGUCUUUCUGCGCCGGUCGAAACCAGCCAGCGUCAGGCGAGCAGCAAAGGAAAGGAAGGAGCAAGCAAAUACGGAAAACCAUUCGCUGUCAUAAAACCCAGAGACCCCUGCGUGCUUUGUAUGCAAAAAACUGGCAUCCAGUAGACUCCGAAGAGAGGAGAAAAAGAAAGAAAGAAACAAAGGAAGAAGCGCGUCUCUCGUCUCGUGCCGUGCGCCCCUCUCGUCCCUUCUUCUUCUCCCCACGCGAGACCCGAGCCGAGCACCCCCACACCGACCAAACAAAAGCUGAAUUCGCCCACACUUGUUAUCCCCCUUCCUUCCUCCGGUUCUCUUCUUCCCCUCGCAAGCUCGCUAGCCACUUUCUACGAGUGUUCUGUCUUCUGUUCUGCGUGUGUUUUGCUUUGGGGGAGGGGGGGUGGAUGGCGACGGUGAUGCAGAGGUCGAGCUCGGACGGGGGGUCGAGCAGCGGGUGGUCGGAGGCGGGGGCGGCGGCGGCGGCGGGGGAGGAGAAGGCCGGGUGGGAGGUCCGGCCCAGCGGGAUGGUGGUGCAGGCCAGGGACAGGGAAGACGGCGCAGGGGUUCCGCCGAGGCCGCCGCCGCCGGAGAUCAGGGUCAGGGUCAAGUACGGCGCCGCCCGCCACGAGGUCGCCGUCUCCCCCAUCGCCACCUUCGGUGAUCUGAAGAAGGUGCUGGAGGCUCGGACGGGGCUGCGGCCGGCGGAGCAGCUGGUGACGUACAAGGGCCGGGAGCGGAGCAACUCGGAGUACCUGGACGCGUGCGGCGUCAAGAACAAGUCCAAGCUGGUGGUGUCCGAGGACCCGGUGAGCCUCGAGCGCCGCUUCAUCGAACGCCAGAGGAACGCCAGGAUCCAGUCCGCCAACCGCGCCCUCGGCGCCAUCGCCCUCGAGGUCGACAAGCUCGCCGAUCAGGUGAAGAGCAUCGAGAAAUCGGUGUCCGGCGGGAGGAAGGUUGCCGAGGUGCAGAUCACGACGCUGAUCGAGCUGCUGAUGCGGCACGCCGUGAAGCUGGAGAGCAUAGCUGCCGACGGAGACUCUUCCUCCUCCUCGCAGAAGAACAUUCAGUCGAAGAGGGUGCAGAAGUGCGUGGAGACGCUGGACGUGCUCAAGGUGUCGAACGCGCGGCUGCAGACGGUGGUGGUGACGACAAAGUGGGAGACCUUCGACACCCCGGCCACCACGCAGUGGGAGCUCUUCGACUGAAGCCGUUGUAUACAGACAGGGUGUUGGUUUUGUUUUGUUUUCUUGGUUUGUUCGUCCCCGGCCGUUCAGUUUUGGUGCCUUGUUCCUUGCCCAUUAUUUAUUUUGUAAUCGCGGUGAGCUGGUAGGUUUAUGGUUAGGGUCGCAGAAGGACCGGAUACCACCCCCCACAUUUGUUUUGUUUGUAAUCAUCGCCCCUCAUUACCGCCGAUCCACUCGAUUGAUGGAUCUCAGUCUCAAUAAACAAAGCAGCAGUGCUCCUUUGUGUACUC